AUGGAAAAGCAUUGUUCCUUGGGCUUGGAUGAAAUGACCAUCGGCCCUGGAGAAGAGUACAUCCCACAACUUGAUAAAUUUGUGGAGAAAGUCGACAUGGGUGGCAUAAUAGACCCAAACGACUCCACCAAGCUAGCAACCAAGAUGCUAGGCUACAUUCUAGUUGGACUUAACACGUACUAUAAGAUUCCUGUAGCCUAUUUUCUCGUGAAUCAGCUGACAGCCAAAGAACAAGAAGCUCUUACAAUUCAGGUUAUAAAGGAUGUUGAGGGAUGCGGCUGCGGAUUCAAAAUUGAACGGUUAGUCACCGACAACUUGGCUGUCAAUACCAACAUGUUCAAGAGAAUGAACGGAGGUACUCUUCAUCACGUGAUUCGCCACCCUGUACAACAAUAUAAUGAAGAGGAGAUCUCUUCGAUACCUAUGGUGUACCGCCCUCUCUUUCUCAGUUUCGAUUACUGUCACGUAACCAAAAAUGUCCGCAAUCAAUUACUAGAGCGAAAGCUGGAAAUAAAAGGGAAGCCUGUUACGGGACAAUUCGCCGUAAGGUUGUUUGAAGAACAAACAGGAGAAUUGCUUACUCCAGUAAGGAACUGGACUCCUAAACAUGUUAUGCCUAACAGCAUCGAAAAACAGAAAGUGAAAGCCGCAAUGGAUAUGUUCCGACCGUCAGUUACAACAUCCAUCCCAAUGCAUGCAGAUAUGAAAACGAGGGGAUUUGUAGACGUAGAAAGUACAGAAAAUCUGAUAUGUAUAUAG